GCUGUUGGGGAAAGAGAAUGAGAGGGAAGGAGGGGUGAAGACUCAACUUCUGUCAACAGAAGGAAACGCUUUCUUUUUAUGCCAGUAACUAAACUCUCGGCCAGUUUUCGGCGUCUGUUAUUCGCUCUGGUCAGAUGAUCGACUUUGGAGUUUAUCUGUGAUUAACAAUAGCCUAUCUAAUGGGAGUAAAGAGGGUCAAGUUACCGAUGCGUGAGCGAACUGUCACAGUCCGUUAUAUUAAACUGUAAAACAUUUAAGAAAACGCCUAAACUAACUUUUUGACGGAUGGGGCGUAAUUUUAUAAAACGUCCGACGUUUUGAGAUCCGCGCAUCCAGUUAAAGAAAAACGAAGGAAUUGAGGAUAAUAUCUUAACUAGAUACUUCAUAUUUGUGUAGUUGUUUUUAGAGAUGUGCUAUUCUUGCAUAUCCGUUUGCCACGUUUGAAGACGCAAACGAAUCGAAACCGUCAGUUUCCUUUAAACAAGGCCAACUCGUAUAUUAUCCUAUAGCUACAUGUGUGGGUUUCCCCUCAAACUAGACCAUGAGUCAGUUUGACUGACUUAAAUGCUGUUGAAGUUGAGCAGAAGGAUAAAUCCACCCAUUACAGAAUGCUGGCGUGAGGGUACUGAAGAUGGCAUCGGCGAUUUUUGAGGGCACAUCCCUGGUGAACAUGUUCGUGAAGGAUUGUUGGGUUAACGGGAUCCGCGGGCUCAUCAUUAGAGGAGAGGAAGAGGAGUUCUUUGAAAUAAGGACUGAAUGGUCGGACAGAAAUAUACUCUACUUGCACAGAAGCUCCUCAGAUUUGGGGAGACUUUUAAAAAGACUCAUGGAGUGUUUCCCUGAAGACAGGCGAGAUUUAUUAAAGUCCCCACUGAUAGAAGGGCUUGUCAAGAUUAAAGAAGCAAGAGACAUUGAGACAAAGCUAAAUGAAGUGGAGCGACUGUUGAAGAAUGCCAUUAACAUGCCCUGGAAGUUUUCUAGGUCAGAAGUUGUCUUAACAUUCUUUGAACGCUCGCAGCUUGACCAGGUCCUGAGGAAUGACAGUGUCCACAAAAUUCAGCCAUGCUUUCAAAGUCCAGUUAAGAUUUCAGAGAUCAUGAGGUCUAAUGGGUUUUGCCUGGCAAACACAGAGACCAUUGUGUUUGAUGAGAGCAUUCCACUGGACAAAGAGAGACCCUCCUCCACUGACUCAGCCCAGCACUCGUAUGAUGAGGAUGGGAGAGAAUCUUUGGAUCCUGUAGAUCAAGACCUGAGUGACGAUGAUCCUGAAGCUUACGUCACUAACCUGUCCUACUACCACCUGGUUCCCUUUGAAACUGACAUCUUGGAGUAACACAAACAAUUCUGCAUGGGUGGACUCUUACGGGGAGAACUGAAUCCCACCUAAACAGUGCAGAUCCAGCAUGUAAUUUCUGUCAAGUGAUGGAUGUGCCAGCAAUUAUAUUUUCUGAUUGGUAGUGUUUAUAACGGCAGGAAAAGUUUGAAUGCAGAGAUCACUGCUAGCUCACUGCUUUGACUUUGUCCAUCAGAUUUGUUGGCCUGAGCCCAAAAUGACACCAUAUUCACCAAUGUGCCUCAUUAUUCAACCUAGAAUCAUGCUCUAGCUGUACUACUGUAAGGAAGAAAUAAGCUGCUAUUCCUGGUGUACAGAUUGAUGGUGGCCUGAAAGAUUUGUUUAAUUUUCUUUUAUUUGUAUAUAAGUCCAGGCUGUACUGUUUUUAAGGUUGUAAUUCAUUUUUUUCAAGGCCCAAUGCUCAGAAAACCUGCCUGAAAAAUUUCUUCUUCAGAAAGAGUUUACAAUAUAACAAUCCUUUGGCAUUAGUGGAUGAUCUGCAGAUCUUCCUGGAGAAAAAGAUCCACAUAAGGAUUUAUCAAGAUAGACUAUUAUCUUGAUAUAUAUGCUAUAUGCUAUUAUCUUGAUAUAUAUGCUGUAAAUUAAAAUGCUGAUUCAAAUAGACAAAAACUGAAAAGAAAAAAAUAUAAAAUUGCAAAUUAAUUUUAUUAACUAAAACCUUUGAUUUUGUUAUGAAAUUACUGCUUUAUUAAUCUUAGUGUUAAGGGCACUGUGGUUAGCAAAAUUAAACUUGCAGAUGAAUAGAGUUGUCUUUCUUGUCAGAAAAUUUAAAUUGCUCUCAGAAGAUAAUUUUAUUAGUUUAUGACGUCUUUUCUACUGAAUGACUGUGGACAGUAGCUGAACUUUGUUCUUUUCUCUUGAAUACAAAGGGCUUGAACACUCACUUGGCACAUGGCUCCUAGUCCACACCCACACACACACACACACACCCCCACACCCACCUACUUUGUAAUAGAGCCACGUUUCCCUUCUACCUGUGAGAAAGUUCUGCGCUUUUUCUAGUUAACAAAUUUUGUAGCUUUAAUAAUCCGCUCCAAUUUUUAAAGCAUACAAAUAGGAAGAAUAAAAUGAUCUGAACUGUUGGAGACUGGGUCAAGUAAUUGUAUUAGAGAGUAUAUUCAUGUAUUUUUGCAACAUGAAAGUGAUCUGAUGCUUAAUUUGUUUUAUUCUUCAAGAUGCACAUGCUAUAUUUGAACAUAUCCUCUGACAUGUCAUAUCCAUCAUGCCUAGCCAUGAAAUACUCCCUGUCUCACAUAUAAACCUGGAUGCAUGUGAGCAAAGAUAUCAUUAAUGUCUUAUUGGACACAAAGUGCAAGAAGGAUAGACAUUGCUUAAAGUAAUUGAAGUACAUGGACAUGACCAAAUGCAGAGCAUACUGCAAAUCAGGUAUGAUACAUAUCAGAGAAAAGAUCCUCAAGAGGUUAUUUAUGAUCAUUGGAAUUUUGAGAUGUUGAUUUUUAUAAGCAUGGAAAAUACUUCACAUUGCCUGUUCUGUUAUGAUGUUCAUACUUUUAUAUGCAGCAUUAUGUGAAGCAGUUUUGACCGCUGGGCACCACAUCAUGUAUUGCUAAUUAUAGUCAUUUGUACAGUAUAUACAGCUUGUAAAUAAUUUAUAAAUAACAUGCCAUUAAAGCUUUUGUAUAGGCUAAA